GAUAGCAAAAGGACCUUGCCGGUUGCCUCCCUGGCUAUAAGUAACAUCUCUAUAUAAAGAAGCGAAGCAAAAAGCUGGAGUCAUACGAGGUAUAAAGAGAACAAAGAAAAACAAAAAGAAAAAUGGGCAACCCACAUAUUCUGGUUAUACCAUAUCCAGCACAAGGCCAUGUAAUCCCUCUUAUGGAACUUUCACAAAACCUGGCUAAACAUGGCUUCAAGGUCAGCUUCGUGAACACUGAGUUUAAUCACAAGAGAGUCAUGGAUGCAUUUGCCAAGAAGGUUGAUGCGGAUGAGUUAGUUCAACUAGUUUCAAUCCCAGAUGGGAUGGAAGAUGGGGAGAGCAGGAACCAGCUCGGGAAGUUAACUGAAUCGAUCUGUCAAGUCAUGCCUAAAGAGCUGAAGCAGCUUAUAGAGAAGACUAAUAGAUUAGAAGAUAAGAUUACUUGUGUUGUGGCUGAUGUGAAUAUGGGAUGGGCCUUGGAAGUUGCAGCAGAGCUGGGAAUCCAUGGAGCUGCCUUCUGGCCUGGAUCGGCCCUUUUGUUGUCCUUGACUUUCAGCCUCCAGAAGCUGAUGGAUGAUGGAGUUAUUGAUGCAAACGGCACUCCAAUUGAUAAAGAUAAGGUGAUUCAAUUGUCACCAACCACGCCUGGCAUGUACCCAACAAACUUUGUUUGGGCCUGCCUUGGUGACUUAUUCACACAGAAAAUUAUUUUUGACUAUAUGAGGAGAAACAACAAAGCUGCCAAAGAAGCAGAUUGGCUAAUUUGCAACUCUACUCAUGACCUGGAGUCUGGAGCCUUUAACUUGGCUCCAGAGAUCCUUCCAAUAGGCCCAGUUUCAGCUAGCAGCCAACUUGGGGACUUGGCAGGAAGUUUGUGGCCAGAGGAUGAAACUUGUUUGCAGUGGCUUGAUCGACAGCAACCAGGCUCAGUCAUAUAUGUUGCAUUUGGCAGCCUAACAACUUUUGACCAAAUCCAAUUCCAAGAAUUGGCUCUGGGGCUGGAACUCUCCAACAGACCAUUCCUUUGGGUUGUGAGACCAGAUAUUACUGUGGGAAAGCAUGAUGUUUACCCAGAAGGAUUUAGGAACAGAGUAGCCAUUCGAGGACGGAUGGUUGGUUGGGCACCACAGCGUGUGGUUUUGUCUCACCCUUCUGUUGCUUGCUUCUUAAGCCAUUGCGGAUGGAAUUCUACUAUUGAAGGUGCAAGCAACGGGGUCCCUUUCUUGUGCUGGCCUUACUUUGCUGACCAGUUCCUUAAUGAGAGCUACAUUUGUGAUUUUUGGAAGGUUGGAUUGAGAUUUAAACGAGGUGAACGAGGGAUAAUCACACGAGAAGAGAUUAAGACCAAGGUUGAACAAUUGCUUGGUGAUGAAAAAACCAAAGGGAGGGCUCUUGCACUCAAGGAAACGGUUAAGAGAAGUGUCAAUGAAGGUGGUAGCUCUAACAGGAUAUUCAAGAAUUUUACUGAAUGGAUGAAAUCAUAGAUAAGGUCUUUUCAUUUAUGGUAUACAUAGUUUGGCUUUGGCAAAAUUUUUUCCCUUUUCCAAGAGAAUUAUGAAAAUUAGGAAAUACACCAAUAGACAAUACUCUUGUUGAGGUUUCCUCGGGAAAAAACAAUGGUGUAGCAACAUGAUUUUCCACUUGACGUGAGUGCCACAGUUAAUCAAGUCAUUUUUGGAGAUACUGGCACAUUCAUUCGUCACUUUAAGCACACCAAAGUAAAAGUUAUUCUUGAAUCUUCUAUAA